AGGCCACGUGAUCGCGAUCGGGGGCGGGACCCAAUAUAAGCGUCGCGCGGGCGGUGUUUUGGCCUCAUUUUGAGUACGUCCAGCCCAGGCGACUUCUCACUGUCACCAUUAUGUCUUCUGAAGAAGGAAAACUAUUUGUUGGGGGACUGAACUUUGAUACUGAUGAACAAGGCCUCGAACAGCAUUUCAGCUCUUUUGGUCCUAUUUCUGAAGUUGUUGUGAUCAAAGACAAAGAAACACAGCGAUCAAGAGGCUUUGGUUUUAUCACCUUUGCCAAUCCUGAUCAUGCAUCAGAUGCCAUGAGAUCAAUGAAUGGAGAGUCUAUAGAUGGGCGCCAGAUCAGAGUUGAUCAUGCUGGGAAAUCUUCUCGUGGAUCCAGAGGUGGCUACUUUGGAGGCAGGGGACGAGGUCGUGGCUAUUCCCGGGGUGGAGACAGAAGCUAUGGCGGAGACAGAAGCUAUGGUGGAGACAGAAGCUAUGGUGGACGUUACGAUAGCCGCAGUGGGGGCUACAGUAGUUCACGUGACUACAGCAGAAGUCAAGGAAGCUACAAUGAUCGAUACUCCUCAGGAGGUUCUUAUAGAGACAGCUAUGACAACUGAGCUCACACCGAGUAAAAAUCCUUCCUGACUCGAGAUCGUCCUUCCAAUGGCUGUAUUUAUAAAGAUUUUUGGAGCUUCGCUGAAUCUUGUUUAAUUACCUACAUGAUCUUCCCCUUAUAUAGCUUUUAUCACAUGUAGCCUGAAAGCUUCCUCUACAAGAUAGCCUGUUAGACUUUACUCAAGGGGUUUUUUUAAGUGGUUUUUAAGCAUUUUUUAAAUCCAGUUUUAUUUGUCUUGCCUUUGCAAUCUAAGUUUUUUUAACUUGACACAUGGGGCCCUACAAAGUAAACCUGUUGGAAGCUGACCAGACUCUUGAAAAAGUACAAUCAUUUGAUGUUCAUCUCUUGGCAUAACAAGCAAGGGUGGCAAGGCAAAAGAAUCUUGAUAUUAUUAAAGAUAUUGGUAUUACUACAUUGAUCAUAGUAAAAGCUAUUUUAAUGUAAAGUAAACCUAUAACUUGAAUGCUUUGAGAGGUUCUUGAAAAUGUUUGUUUAUAUUGUCCAUUUUUUUACUGGAAGAAAUAUGCAUAAUUUCAAUUAAUUGUAUUUGAAGUGAAUAAGGAAUUUCCUGUACUGAGGUUUUGGCUUUACGAAGCCCAUUAAAAUCCCAUCUGAAACAA